AACAUGUGAAAAACAACCCUGAGAGUUUGGACGAGUUUUUCGCCGUGAAGUUUUCUUGUGGACUUAACGGGCGACCACCGGAAAUACAUUUCACGCUACACCGCGGAAAGGAUGAGCAGCGCGAGCCUCACUCUGCACGGAUAAGCAACCAUAAGGUGUAAGGACCUCCUGAGAGAUGACGUCAGCAGCCUGGACGCUCUGCCCCCUCCUCACGGUGCUGCUGGUGGUCCGGCUCCUCGGAGCCCAGCAGCAGCUUCUGCCCGGCUCCUGCAACUUUGAGCUGGGCACCUGUGGCUAUACAUCAGACCCGGAGUAUGGCACCUGGAGCAUGAAUGAAGAAGGUCAUGUGAUCACCGUGGACUCCGCCCUCCUGAAGGAGCAGCAGCAGGCGGUCCUGGUCAGUCCGGUUCUGGACCAACAGGACUGGAGCUGUGUGAGGCUGGUGUACCAGAUCACCGGGGGGGGGUCCCUGCAGCUCUUCCUCAGACCAGAUGGGGAUAACUUUGACCACCGGAUGUGGACUGCCAACCAAGCCUCUGACAGCUGGCUCAUCGCUAGUGUGGACCUACCCAACAGCACCACCCCCUACCAGGUUCUGCUGGAAGGUCGACCUGAACGUGGCUCAGGGAACAGCGUGGCCAUCUUUGAAAUUCACAUUGUCACUGGUUACUGUAUAGAGUGUAAUUUUGAAGAGCAUCACCUGUGUGGAUAUAGCAACAGCUGGAACCCAAAUGUCAACUGGUACGUCGGGGGGAGCGUGCCUGUCAAUCACAGCACACAUCACCAGAGAGGACACUACAUGUAUGUGGACUCUGUGUAUGCCAAGCACUUCCAGGAAGUAGCCAAACUGAGUUCCCCCAUGACCACGGUGCCCCUGGCCGGCUGCCUGUCCUUCUACUACAACAGAGACCAGGAGAGGGGGAACAUCUUCUCACUGUUCACCAGAGACCAGCUGGGACACUACGAGGACAUGUGGAGGCCCGAGGUGUUUGCUACAGCUGGCUGGACUCUGGUCAGUGUGGAUAUCAAGGCCCCCCACCCCCUGGAGGUGGUAUUUGAGGUGGCUUUUAACAGUGCCAGAGGCGGAUACGUGGCAAUAGAUGACAUCUCCUUUUCUCCUGAAUUCUGCCACACUGACACAGAGCCGAACUUUGACCCCUCUAUAGCCAACUGUGACUUUGAGGACGGGCUGUGUCUGUACCAUCAGGAGAAAACAGACAGUAAGGAGUGGAGCCGAGUGUCAGUGAAGCCUAACGCCUACAGGAUAGGAGACCACACCACAGGAGUAGGCUGUUUCCUCCUGGUUAACACUCAUUUCUCUUCGAGGCCGGGUUAUGUGGGUCGACUUCAUGGUCCCCUUUUACCAGGGAACCACAAGUACUGCCUGAGGUUCUACUACCUGCUUCAUGGAUUUAGGAAAGUAGACAACGCUCUGGCCCUUUAUAUUUAUGAUGAGAACAAUGUGGCCCAGGAGAAGGUCUGGAGCCUGACUCACACAUCCAGGGAUGUAUGGACUGAGGUGGAGAUCACUUACAUGAAGCCAAUGCUUUCCAAGGUGGUGUUUGUCAGCAUAUGUAAGAACUUCUGGGAGUGUGGCUUGGCAGCCAUCGAUGACAUCACUGUCAGCUUGGGGGACUGUCAGAUGACAGCAGGCUCCCUCCCGGGCCAGUGUGACUUUGAGAGUGGAGUCUGUGGCUACAUACAGGAUAAGAAAGGAGACAAAGCCGACUGGCUGCGAGUGCGAGGAGACACCCCCACCUCUUAUACAGGACCCAGAGGAGACCACACCACUGGGGUGGGUUACUUCAUGUACAUCGAGGCGUCACUGAUGCGUCCGGGUCACAAAGCUCGACUGCUGACCUCUGACCUGCGGGGGUCCUCGUCCCCUCAGUGUUUGAUCCUCUUCUACCACAUGCACGGGUCUGGCUCCGGCAUACUGAGCAUGCUCCUGCGCCGCAGCGACAGAGAGCAGGACGCGUUGCUGUGGAGACGCCGGGGGGAGCAGAGCGUCAGCUGGAUGAGGGCGAUGGUGGACUACCAGUGUGACGUCCGACACCAGAUCAUAUUUGAAGCCAUCCGAGGCCCAUCACUACGAAGUGAUAUUGCUAUUGAUGACAUCUCCUUUAAAAGAGGACCAUGUGAAGAUCCCGGGGACUUCGCUCCGUACUCAGGCUUCUCUGAGUAUUUUAAUGAGAUCGAAUAAUGAGAAAGCGAGAAGUCUUUCUGUAUAAAAGUUUGUGGGUUUCAGAAGUGUGACUAAUCCACCGACAAUUUACAAAGUUGUAGAGCAAUGCUUACAGUGUGUUGCAGCCAGUACCUCUAGAGCAGUGUGUCUGUCUUUCUUCACCUCUCAGUCUGCCAUUUUAAUGUUGGUGCAUUCAUUUUCAAAUGUUUAUAUUUUGAAUUGGAUUACAUCAUCGUCCCUGUGACAGUCAGAUACACAGCCACUGUGUUAAAAGCCGGUCAUACAAAUAUUUGUUAACUACGCUGUAGAUUAAUGAAAAAAUGUAUUUCAGUUACAAAGCACUAAUUAUGUGCUACUUCAUAACCAAAUGUCCUAUCAGGUACACAGGGGUUCUAUUCACAAUGUUAAAAAAAUGAUGUCAAAAAACUUGAAUUGACCUUCUGCUCAGUAUGGGGCCGACAGAGCCAAACGUGUUACUAUGGCCCAAACAGGAGGGGAAACACGGUGCAGUUUGAAAAUAAAAAAAUGAUGCAAAUAAAAAAACACAAAUGUAUUUCAUUUUACAUGCAAAUAAAGAAACAUCAUCAACAACUUGACAUAACAUGUGCAGCAUUUAGAAAAACAUUCACCACCUUGAGGAAACAUGAGCCGGGUUUACUAAAAGUGCUGCAUGAACGAAACGCUGCAAAUAUAAAAAAGCAGCAAGAAGGCCAAAACACAACGGACACCAGGGGGCGCAGUGGGACCGCAGUGGGACCGCAGUGGGACCGCAGUGGGACCGCAGUGGGACCGCAUCGCUAGGUGACGUUCAAUGAUCUCAAGGGAUACACCUGGGUAAAUAAAGGCUUGAAAAAAAUUGUAAUGACUCGAUUAGCUACCUUAGCUAGCUAGCUUACAGCAGAUGUGCAAUAAUAUCAGAAGGAGUCAUGGGAUCACAUUGUUAAAAAUAAGCUGAUAAAACUUACAUUUUAGUUUUUUAUUUGCAACAUUUUGUUUGUGCAGUGCUUUCACUUAACGUUGCAUAUGUUUGGUAAAUGUUUUCGAAAAGAUGCACACGUGUUGUCAAGUCGUUAAAGAUGUUUCUAUAUUUGCAUGUGUUUUGGCACAUUUGCGUUUUUAUAUUUGAAACCUUUUUAAAGCGCAUUUCUCCUGAUGGAAAUGUUUUGGGCCGUUGAAACGCGUUUUAACCUUUCGGCCACCGUAGCUCAAGGUGAGAUGGCUUAGUCUAAUUGGGCAAAACAUUGAAAUCUGUGGAUUACAAAAUGUGGAACCAUGUAAUUACACACUUUGGUUGCUAGUGGUAAUGAGCCUUGAUCACUGCCAUGAAACAAAGCACACAACAACACUAUGAAAACAUUAAGAAAAAUACUCUUUUUACAAUGCUUUAUUUGUGUAUCCACCAAUGCUUUAUUGUUUGUUCAUUAACUCUGUCCUGUAUAUAUUUGUUUAAAGUAUCAACUGAUUGAAUUUACAAAUGGGCUUCGGCCAUACAACUGUGUUGAUGUUGCUUGUUAGGUUAUUUCUUUGUCAGAUUUGUUAAUGUUAGUUCCACUGUGACAAAGGAUUUGAGUCCAGCUUUAGUCUUCAGUCAAAAUCUAAGCGCUUCCAGAUAAUGGUAAAGGUUUUUGAAAUCCUGUCAUGUAUUCAGUAAGGUGCUGGAAACCUUCCCUCGAUGGUGGCUCAUGAGCAUCUUACAUUUCUCGCAGACCUUCACAGAUACAUGCCACCUCUCUGCAGCGCUGAGUCUUCUGUCUGUGAGAUCUUGUUGUACCAUGCUUCCUGUUUAGCCUCUUAACCCGAGUAAAAGUUGCUGAUUUUGA